AUGAAGACGAUGACAGAGGGUGGUCUGUUCAAGACGGCCAGCACGAUGAACCCUGACGAAUGUGUGAUCUCUCACAAGAAGUUGAAUGUGAUUGAUAUUGUUAUCGUGAUCAUAUACUUCAUAUUUGUCCUUCUUGUAGGACUCUGGGCUAUGUACAGCACAAAGAGGAACACUGUCAAAGGUUACUUUCUGGCUGGCAGGAACAUGACUUGGUGUCCGAUUGGAGCAUCGCUGUUUGCCAGUAAUGUUGGGAGUGGCCAUUUCAUCGGUUUGGCUGGGAGUGGUGCCUCAUCUGGAAUUGCUGUCAGUGUGUAUGAGUGGAGUGGAAUGUAUGCCUUGAUGAUGCUCGCCUGGCUCUUUCUUCCCAUUUAUAUUGCAGCUGGGGUCACUACCAUGCCUGAAUAUUUACUGAAACGAUUUGGAGGCCAAAGAAUUCAUUUCCUCAUUGCUACACUUUCUUUAUUUGCCUAUAUAUUCACAAAGAUAUCGGUUGAUAUCUAUGCUGGAGCUAUCUUUAUUCAGCUUGCUUUACAAUGGGACUUGUACCUUGCUGUGAUUAGUCUACUCAUCAUAACUGCAAUCUACACUGUUGGAGGUGGGCUGGCUGCAGUAAUAUACACAGACACACUGCAAACAGUGAUCAUGCUGAUAGGAGCUCUGAUUCUUAUGGUAUUUGCUUUUGUCGAAGUUGAUGGUUAUUCAGGCCUCAAGAAGAAAUACUUCAUGGCUGUGCCCAAAAAUCAGGACCUUAACUCAACCUGUGGCCUGCCAAGGGAUGAUGCCUUUCACAUCUUCCAAGAUCCUGCUAACUCUGACUUUCCAUGGACAGGUGUAAUAUUUGGAGUAACUAUUCUUUCGACUUGGUAUUGGUGUACAGAUCAGGUCAUUGUGCAGAGAUCACUUUCGUCUAAAUCAAUUCUCCAUGCCAAAGGUGGUAGCUUGUUUGCAGCCUACUUGAAAGUCUUGCCAAUUUUCAUAAUGGUGUUUCCAGGCAUGAUCAGUCGAGUGCUUUACCCCAAUCUUGUGGCUUGUACGGAUCCAGAUACCUGUCGUAGAGUUUGUGGCAAUCCAGCUGGGUGCACUGAUAUCGCAUAUCCACUGCUUGUAAUGGAAAUGCUCCCUGGAGGGCUGCGGGGCCUGAUGAUUGCAGUCAUGAUCGCUGCUCUCAUGUCCUCCCUCACUUCGAUCUUCAACAGCUCGAGCACAUUAUUUACAAUUGACGUCUGGCACCACCUCCGGCCCCAUUGCUCCGAAUGGGAGCUCAUGGUUGUUGGCAGGGUAUUUGUGCUGAUCCUGGUGGUAGUGUCGGUUUUGUGGAUUCCUCUGGUGCAAGCAAGCCAAGGUGGCAAGCUCUUCAUGUACAUCCAGUCCAUUACCUCCUACCUGACACCACCAAUCGUAGUGGUCUUUAUAGCUGGCUGCUUUUGGAAGCGAGCUAACGAGAAAGGUGCAUUCUGGAGCCUCGUUGCUGGGUUUCUCGUUGGCAUCAUUCGAAUGGUUUUGGAUUUUGCCUUCAUUGCACCAGCAUGUGGGAAAGAAGACAAACGGCCAUUAGUUAUCAGCAAAGUUCAUUUCUUGCACUUUGCUCUCAUCCUCUGUCUCCUCAGUUUGAUUGUGCUGGUGGUCAUCAGUCUCCUCAGUCCACCUCCACGACCAGAACAGAUCAGUCGGAUGACUUGGUUCACUCGUUUUGACAAACUGCCAGAGAAGCCACCAGAAGAAACUGUUGUAGUUGUGCAAGACACAACUCCAUCACCAGAAGAAGCCACAGUAGAUAAAAGAGGCACCACUGAAGAACCCAGCACAAGGGCAGGGCAACAGAAAACUGAAUCAAGGGCAAUGCGCUUUUUGAUGUGGUUCUGUGGGAUGAGCACGAAACGUGUGGAUAUUGCCUUUACUGACACUGAAGAAAAAUACAUUGCCUCACUGCAUGAGAAUCGGCGCAUGCGAUACUUUGUCAAUGUUAAUUUAGUGAUUUGUAUGGUUGCUACCAUUUUCCUUUAUGCUUAUUUUGCUUGA